AUGGCGCCUAUCAAGUCUGGUCGUCAUGUAACGUUCAGACCGUUUGCUGAAGUUCGUGUGAUUCGUGACAACGACUCGGAGAGUAACGUUUCUGGAAGCGAGAGCGCCGGAUCUACUGGAUCAUGUGUUUCGUACAAUGUGGAUGACUACUACAGCAAACCAGUCAAGCUCAAUCAAGUUUUGCUCAAGAAGCCGGGACUUGUGAAGAAGAAGAAGGUUCCGGAGUUCGAUCUCAAUGAAAGUACGGUGGCUCAUGUUGGACAAUGCGAGCCAUGGAAAGAGACUGAGGAGCCGGUUGACAAGGUUGAUGAAGGCAAUCUGAAGAAUUAUAUCGAAUCGAUGUGGAAAAAGCCGAUUUCACUGAACUCGUUCCUUAAUGAGGCGCACUUGAGUGAUGAGUUAGAAUUGGACAGAAUUGAUUCUUCGGACCCUGAGAUGAUCGCCAUUCCACCGGCCAAAAAGAAGAAACUUCUCACCAAGAAAGCACGUUUCUUCCACAAGCUUCUGAUGAAGAGAAAGGAGAAAAAGUCUCGCGACGACGAGUUUUGCUUCAAAUACGCGGAGAAGCUUUAUAUGUUCAUCAGCCGAGCUAAGAAAGGAAAAACGACCAAAUCAAUCCUCAGUGAAGACAACGAAAAGCCUGAUGAUAACAAAACAAGCGCCAGUUUCUUGGAAGAACGACUUCAAUUGACCAACAUUCGUUUCGACACUUGCAAACUGGACUUCCAACUGAAAGCGGCUAUUCGUCAUCGCAUCCAGACCGGAAAGCUGGAUCAUAAGGUCAAAAUGGCAUACGAGGUGAUUAUCGACAACUACAACUCCGCUUUGGGACCACACUUCUUCGGACUUUUCCACCACGUCCACGACAGAAACUUCAAAGAUCUCGAGGCUUCCUUCCUUCUAAACCAGUGGUGA